AUGGCGCUGGGGUUGCGCACCAUCCAUCCCGCCUCUGUCCUCGCCUUCUUUCCCCUAUCUGAGCAGUUUCCAUCCGUCCUACGUCCUCUCCUUCUUUCCCCUAUCGGAGCACCUUCCGUCUCUCCUCUGUCCUCGCCUUUCUUCCCCUAUCGGAGCACCUUCCGUCUCUCCUCUGUCCUCGCCUUUCUUCCCCUAUCGGAGCACCUUCCGUCCCUCCUCUGUCCUCGCCUUUCUUCCCCUAUCGGAGCACCUUCCGUCCCUCCUCUGUCCUCGCCUGCUUUCCCCUAUCGGAGCAUCUUCCGUCCCCCCUACUCCCUAUCACAUCAUUGCUUUCCCUCGUGCCAGCACGUCCCUUCCCGCAUUGCUUCCCCCUCUGUCAGGCCCUCCCUUAGCACCUCUCUCGGUCCCCCCGCACCGCAUCUCCCUUCCCCCUCACUAAGCAAGUCUCUCGUUGGGAAAGGACCUCAUCCCCCUUCCCUCUCUCACAGCACCUCCUUAGCCACUCUCAUCGCAACUACCACCCCCCCCCCCCCCCCCCCCCCCCGAACUUACCUUUCUUCCCCUUCAUGCUUACCCCCCACCCUUCCCCCUCUCACAGCACCUCCCUUCCCCCCCUCACAGCACCUCCAUUCCCCCUCUCACAGCACCUCCCUUCCCCCCCUCACAGCACCUCCCUUCCCCCCCUCACAGCACCACCCUUCCCCCCCUCACAGCACCUCCCUUCCCCCCCUCACAGCACCUCCCUUCCCCCUCUCACAGCACCUCCCUUCCCCCUCUCACAGCACCUCCCUUCCCCCUCUCACAGCACCUCCCUUCCCCCCUCACAGCACCUCCCUUCCCCCCCUCACAGCACCUCCCUUCCCCCCUCACAGCACCUCCCUUCCCCCUCUCACAGCACCUCCCUUCCCCCUCUCACAGCACCUCCCUUCCCCCCCUCACAGCACCUCCCUUCCCCCCCUCACAGCACCUCCCUUCCCCCUCUCACAGCACCUCCCUUCCCCCCCUCACAGCACCUCCCUUCCCCCCCUCACAGCACCUCCCUUCCCCCCCUCACAGCACCUCCCUUCCCCCUCUCACAGCACCUCCCUUCCCCCCCUCACAGCACCUCCCUUCCCCCCCUCACAGCACCUCCCUUCCCCCCCUCACAGCACCUCCCUUCCCCCUCUCACAGCACCUCCCUUCCCCCUCUCACAGCACCUCCCUUCCCCCCCUCACAGCACCUCCCUUCCCCCUCUCACUGCACCUCCCUUCCCCCUCUCACAGCACCUCCCUUCCCCCCCUCACAGCACCAUCCUUACCCCCUCUCAGCACCCUGCCAUGUUUUAUUUCCCCCUCUCACAACACAUUCAUACCCCCUCUCAUCACACCUAG